GUUUCCUCUCUCGCUCGCUCGCUCGUCAUCGUUGAAGUGGAAGAAGAAGGAGGAGGAAGACGACGAUGCUGCUUCAGCUCCCUCGCCUCACCAGCUCCCUCCGGCAGCCCUUCGACGCCGACGAGGCCUUCCUCCGCCGCCGGGCCGCCCUCCGGAGCCGCCGCAAGCCUCGCAACGCCGCGGAUUCGGUGGAGGAGUCGGAGCUCGCUCGGAGGAUCGUCCAUCGCUGGGAUGAAGCUUCUGCGGAAGUGAGGCAAGCGUACAAGCAGUUCAUCGCCGCCGUGGUGGAGGCGGUGGAUGGGGAGGUGACCUCGGAGGAGUUCCGCGAGGUGGCUCUGGGAGUGUACGGCCUUUUCGGAGGGCAGUCGGUCGGCGAGUCUGUCGAGGAUGAGGAGGCGGCGAAGCGGAGAAUUGCGGAGAAGAAGGGAGAACUGCAGAAACUUGUUGGCCGGGUGGUUUCAGAGACGUGCCUGCAGAAAGUUGCUUCUCAGGCUCAGAGGCUCUCGGGCUUACAGCCGAGAGACCAUAGGGCUGUGGCAGAAGAAACAAAUGGAGAUAUGGAUGAUGUCGAAUUUGGUGCCGACCUUGCAUUUCAUGCUCCAUCGCGAUUUCUUGUUGACAUUUCUGUGGAAAAUGGUGAAUUACUUGAUGAGGAGACCUCUACAUCUGUCUCAUCUGUUCAUGAUAUAUGGCAAGAUGCGGGAGGCUACAAAUAUAGUCAGACAGCCAGUAGUGGCAGAAACUACGAUUUAAGUUGGUUGAGAGAUGCAUGUGAUAAUAUAGUGAAGGGCAAUAGUUCAUCACUUUCUCGGGAUGAACUUGCCAUGGCUAUUUGUCGUGUGCUUGAGUCAGAUAAACCUGGUGAGGAGAUUGCAGGUGAUUUAUUGGAUCUUGUUGGGGAUGCUGCAUUUGAAACUGUUCAAGAUGUCAUAAUGCAUCGAGAGGAACUUGUUGAUGCUAUACGUCAUGGCUUGUUGGCUUUGAAGUCUGAUAAAACAGCUUCAAAUGCACAAGCACGCAUGCCAACUUAUGGUACUCAGGUGACAGUGCAAAUGGAAUCCGAACGGCAAAUUGACAAACUUCGGCGCAAAGAGGAAAAGCGACAUAAGCGCGGACCUGACUAUGUGGCUGACACUGGCUUAUCUUCUGCAAGUUUUUCCUCUUUACUCCAAGCUAGUGAGAAGAAAAGUCCUUUUAACGAUCUUGUCGGAACUGGCGAACACUUGCUGCCUGUUCGUGAACUUCCUCAGGGAACUAUAAGGAAACAUCAUAAGGGAUACGAAGAAGUCAUUAUUCCACCGACACCCACAGCAGAAAUGAAAUUGGGUGAAAAGCUGAUUGAAAUAAAGGAACUAGAUGACUUGGCCCAAGCCGCUUUUCAUGGCUAUAAGAGCCUCAAUCGUAUUCAGAGCCGGAUAUUUCAGACUGUUUAUCAUACAAAUGAAAACAUAUUGGUUUGUGCUCCGACUGGGGCUGGUAAAACAAACAUAGCUAUGAUUGCUAUUUUACAUGAGGUUGGCCAGCACUUCAGGGAUGGUUACUUGCAUAAGGACGAGUUCAAGAUUGUUUAUGUUGCUCCAAUGAAGGCAUUGGCUGCUGAGGUCACAUCAACAUUUAGUCAUCGGUUGGCUCCACUUAAUGUUACUGUGAGGGAACUUACUGGGGACAUGCAACUUUCCAAAUAUGAACUUGAUGCAACUCAGAUGAUAGUAACUACACCAGAGAAAUGGGAUGUUAUUACACGCAAGAGCAGUGACAUGUCACUUUCUAUGCUGGUGAAGCUCUUGAUUAUUGACGAAGUGCAUCUGUUGAAUGAUGAUAGAGGCCCUGUAAUAGAAGCACUGGUUGCUAGGACUCUUCGCCAGGUGGAAUCAACACAGUCAAUGAUUCGCAUUGUAGGCCUUUCAGCUACCCUACCUAAUUAUCUGGAGGUUGCUGAAUUUCUGAAGGUGAAUGCACAGAAGGGAUUGUUCUUCUUCGAUUCUAGCUACCGUCCUGUGCCUCUUGCUCAACAGUACAUUGGUAUUAGUGAGCACAACUACUUUGCUCGCACUGAGUUGUUGAACGAGAUAUGCUACAAGAAGGUUGUUGAUUCACUAAAGCAAGGUCAUCAGGCAAUGGUAUUUGUGCAUUCGCGGAAGGACACUGCAAAAACAGCAGAGAAGUUGGUUGAACUUGCACGAAAGAAUGACGAGCUGGAUCUCUUUAGUAAUGAUGAUCAUCCUCAAUUUUCAUUAGUUAAGAGGGAAGUCCACAAGUCCAGAAACAAAGAUCUUGUUCAACUUUUUGAAGCUGGUGUUGGUGUCCAUCAUGCUGGAAUGCUACGUGCUGACAGGGGGCUGACUGAACGCCUCUUCUCUGAUGGAUUAUUGAAGGUGCUUGUUUGCACUGCCACUUUGGCGUGGGGAGUAAAUCUUCCAGCCCAUACAGUUGUCAUAAAGGGAACCCAAUUAUAUGACCCAAAAGCUGGUGGAUGGAAAGACUUGGGCAUGCUUGAUGUGAUGCAAAUCUUUGGACGUGCUGGGAGGCCUCAGUUUGAUAAAAGCGGCGAGGGAAUAAUAAUUACGUCUCAUGACAAAUUGUCAUACUAUCUGCGGCUGCUGACAAGUCAGCUUCCCAUAGAAAGUCAGUUUAUUAGCUCUCUGAAGGAUAACCUGAAUGCAGAGGUGGCUCUUGGUACUGUGACUAAUGUUAAGGAAGCAUGUGCAUGGCUUCGAUAUACCUAUCUUGCAGUGAGAAUGAGGUUGAACCCUCUAGCUUAUGGGAUUGGAUGGGAUGAGGUUGUUGCAGAUCCUUCUCUCAUGUCAAAGCAAAGGGCUCUUGUGACAGAUGCUGCUCGUGCACUUGACAAAGCAAAAAUGAUGCGGUUUGAUGAGAAAAGUGGCAAUUUUUACUGUACUGAGCUUGGCCGUAUUGCAAGCCAUUUUUACAUCCAAUAUUCUAGUGUUGAAACGUACAAUGAAAUGAUGCGACGCCAUAUGAAUGAGAGUGAGGUCAUUAACAUGGUUGCCCAUUCUUCUGAAUUUGAGAACAUUGUUGUACGAGAGGAAGAGCAGAAUGAACUUGAAACGAUGGCACGCACAUCGUGCCCACUUGAAGUGAAAGGAGGUCCUUCAAACAAACAUGGGAAGAUAUCCAUCCUUAUUCAGUUAUACAUAUCUCGUGGCUGGAUUGAUACAUUUUCAUUAGUUUCUGAUGCUGCAUAUAUAAGUGCAAGUCUGGCCCGUAUCAUGCGAGCUUUGUUUGAGAUUUGUUUACGCAGAGGCUGGAGUGAGAUGUCUCUUUUCAUGUUGGAAUAUUGCAAGGCUGUGGAUCGCAAAGUUUGGCCCCAUCAACAUCCACUCAGACAAUUUGACAAAGAUCUUUCUCCAGAGGUCCUGCGGAAGCUUGAGGAACGGGGUGCUGACUUAGAUCACCUGCUGGAGAUGGAUGAAAAGGAUAUUGGAGCCCUGAUUCGCUAUGGGCCUGGAGGGAGGUUAAUCAAGCAGUAUUUGGGUUACUUUCCAUCGAUACAAUUGUCGGCAACUGUUAGUCCAAUAACCAGAACCGUUUUGAAGGUGGAUUUGCGUAUUACACCAGACUUCACAUGGAAAGAACGUUUUCAUGGUCAAGCAGAACGUUGGUGGAUCCUUGUUGAGGAUUCUGAGAAUGAUCACAUUUAUCAUUCAGAGCUGUUCACUCUAACAAAGCGGAUGCCUAGAGGUGAACCACAGAAGCUUUCAUUUACUGUUCCAAUCUUUGAACCUCACCCUCCGCAGUACUACAUCCGUGCUGUUUCGGAUUCAUGGUUGCAUGCUGAGGCUUUCUACACCAUAACGUUCCACAAUCUGCUGCUGCCUGAGGCACGUACUACACAUACUGAACUUUUAGAUCUAAAGCCUCUACCAGUUACUUCACUUGGAAACCCUAUCUAUGAAGCCUUGUAUAAAUUUUCGCAUUUCAAUCCCAUUCAAACGCAGACCUUUCAUAUUCUCUAUCAUACGGACAACAAUGUUCUCUUGGGAGCUCCAACUGGAAGUGGCAAAACGAUAUCAGCUGAGCUUGCUAUGCUUCACCUCUUCAAUACUCAGCCAGAUAUGAAGGUUAUUUACAUAGCACCUUUGAAGGCUAUUGUUCGAGAGAGAAUGAAUGAUUGGAAAAAGCGUCUGGUCUCUCAGCUUGGGAAACAGAUGGUGGAAAUGACAGGAGAUUAUACUCCAGAUCUUUUGGCCCUAUUGUCUGCAGACAUUAUUAUAUCUACUCCUGAGAAGUGGGAUGGUAUUAGCCGUAAUUGGCAGAGUAGAGGCUAUGUUACUAAGGUUGGACUUAUUAUUUUGGAUGAGAUACACUUACUAGGAGCUGAUCGAGGCCCAAUUCUUGAGGUAAUUGUUUCAAGAAUGAGAUAUAUCUCAUCUCAGACAGAUCGAGCCGUGCGGUUUGUUGGCCUUUCCACUGCUCUAGCCAAUGCAGGUGAUUUGGCUGACUGGCUGGGGGUUGGGGACACUGGACUCUUCAAUUUCAAGCCUAGCGUGAGGCCUGUACCUCUUGAAGUUCAUAUUCAGGGGUAUCCAGGAAAAUUUUACUGCCCCCGGAUGAAUAGCAUGAAUAAACCAUCAUAUGCUGCAAUCUGUACUCAUUCACCAACAAAGCCAGUUCUCAUCUUCGUCUCAUCACGGCGACAGACGCGGCUGACCGCGUUGGACCUUAUUCAGUUUGCAGCUUCAGAUGAACAUCCUAGGCAAUUUCUUAACCUGCCUGAAGAAGAGCUGCAGAUGGUUCUCUCCCAAAUUACUGAUCAAAACCUGAGGCACACCUUGCAGUUUGGCAUUGGGCUACAUCAUGCUGGACUCAAUGACAGGGAUAGAUCCUUGGUUGAGGAACUUUUUGCUAACAACAAGAUCCAGGUAUUGAUAUGCACCAGCACCUUGGCAUGGGGUGUGAAUCUUCCAGCUCAUCUUGUAAUAAUCAAGGGAACAGAGUAUUAUGAUGGAAAAUCUAAGAGGUAUGUUGAUUUUCCAAUCACCGAUAUUUUGCAAAUGAUGGGUCGUGCCGGGCGUCCACAAUAUGAUCAACAUGGAAAAGCAGUUAUCCUUGUCCAUGAGCCCAAGAAAAGCUUCUACAAAAAGUUUUUGUAUGAGCCCUUCCCGGUUGAAAGCAGUCUACGAGAGCAAUUGCAUGAACAUAUCAAUGCAGAGAUUGUUUCCCGCACAAUCUGCCAUAAGGAGGAUGCGGUUCAUUACCUUACUUGGACUUACUUGUUCCGAAGACUGACAGUUAAUCCUGCUUACUAUGGGCUAGAUGAGACAGAUCCCGAAACUCUCAGUUCUUACUUGUCCAGGUUAGUACAAAAUACUUUUGAAGAUCUUGAGGAUAGUGGAUGCAUCAAGAUGAAUGAAGAGAGUGUUGAACCAAUGAUGCUGGGAUCAAUUGCAUCUCAAUAUUAUCUCAGCUACUUGACUGUAUCAAUGUUUGGAUCCAAUAUAGGACCGGAUACAUCUCUUGAAGUGUUUUUGCACAUAUUAUCAGGUGCUUCAGAAUAUAAUGAACUUCCUGUUCGGCAUAAUGAGGAGCUUCACAAUGCUCAAUUGUCUGAGAAAGUCAGGUACAAGGUUGAUAAGAAUCGCCUAGAUGAUCCCCAUGUUAAAGCCAAUUUGCUAUUCCAGGCACAUUUUUCACAGUUAGAGUUACCAGUUAGUGACUAUGUGACCGACUUGAAGUCAGUGCUGGAUCAGAGUAUUCGGAUCAUCCAGGCAAUGAUAGAUAUAUGUGCAAACAGUGGUUGGCUGUCAAGCUCAAUUUCUUGCAUGCAUCUUCUGCAAAUGGUUAUGCAGGGCUUGUGGUUUGAUCAAGACUCUUCUUUAAGGAUGUUGCCCAGUAUGAAUGAUAAUCUCGAGGAUACCCUUAGAAGAAGAGAAAUUGCAACUCUUCAGCAACUACUGGAUAUUCCAAAGUCAUCCCUGCGGAGUAUAAUUGGAGAUUCUUGCUCUCUAAAAUUGUUGCAGGAACUGGAGUAUUUUCCACAAGUCAGGAUGAAAUUGAGAAUUCAGAGGAAGGGCAGCACUGGAGAAAAUUCUCCAACUCUGGAUAUUAGAUUAGAGAAGACCAAUCGGAGGAGAAGCACAUCAAGAGCUUUUGCCCCUCGAUUUCCCAAGGUGAAAGAUGAAGCAUGGUGGUUGGUACUUGGGAAUACCUCCACUUCUGAGUUAUAUGCAUUGAAGAGAGUUUCUUUCACAGAUCACUUAGUCACCCACAUGAAGUUGCCCUCAGCACUGACUGAUAUGCAGGGUGUCAAAUUGAUACUCAUUUCGGACUGUUAUCUUGGGUUUGAACAAGAGUACCUCAUUGAAGAUCUUCCUUUCAGCACGUAAAAAUGGACAAUGGCUAGACUUGGCAUGCUAAGCAUCCACACGUGCAUGUAGAUUUUCAGUUGGAAGACAGCAUUACUUCUCCAAGAACACAGCUAAAGAUGGAAAGAGGUGAGUAUUGGGUGCACUUGCUGAUUAAACGUCUUUCUUUCCAUCGCGAGUCGUUUAUAAUGCAUAGCUUGGUAUGAUUCACACGACGAGAUUGGUUAUGCGAGGGAAACGGUGCUAUCAAAUGACUUCUGCUUCAAAUUAUGUGGACUUAUUAAUAUGCAGAAAGGAAUCAUUUUCAGUCAUUUUCUGCCUCCUCUGCUGUGAACCUGGAUAUAGUUCCCUUGGAAAGAGAGACGUUAUGCUCCUUUUCUGAAAAUGAAUUACUAUUCUGGAGGGAGAUGAAGGUGAAUUUUUGCCAUUAUGUAUUGUCCUCUGAAGCUCUCAAAGUACAUAGUUCUGCUCCGUGCUUUCGUUGGAGAAGACCGAGGCCUAAGCUUGUUGGUGUGAGAUAACCAGGCCCACGCCGUGCUUUUAUUCUGUGUAUACAACCAGCAAUUCAUUGUAUGGAAAACUUAACGUGAAAUGCUCUAGAGGAUGAAUUUUGAUCCGCUUAAAAUCAAAGCUUAAAACGCUUUGCCCUUUGUAGAUGACAAUCGAUGAGGUCUGAAAUUUGGUGGAAUCCGAUUAAUUUCACAAAGUCGCGUCGCCGAAUAAAUCGAAUGAAGCAUUCUUUCUGCA